CCCCAGGGAACGUCGGAGCGCUAUGGCCGUGUGCCGGGGAUCUUCGUCAAAAUGGUUUUUUACCCGGGAGCAACUGGAAAAUACGCCGUCCCAUCGAUGUGGGGUAGAACCAGACCGGGAGCUCUCCUACCGUCAACAGGCGGCGAACCUGAUCCAAGACAUGGGUCAGAGGCUCAACGUCUCUCAAUUAACAAUAAAUACGGCAAUUGUUUACAUGCAUAGAUUUUAUAUGCACCGCUCUUUCACCAAAUUCCAUAGGAAUAUUAUAUCUCCAACCACCUUAUUCUUGGCUGCAAAAGUGGAAGAGCAACCUCGCAAACUCGAACAUGUGAUCAAAGUUGCACAUGCUUGCCUAAAUCCCCAAGAACCACCUCUAGACACAAAAAGUAAUGCAUACCUCCAGCAAGCUCAAGAGCUGGUGAUACUUGAAUCCAUAGUGCUGCAGACCCUCGGCUUUGAAAUUACUAUUGAUCACCCACACACUGAUGUGGUGAAAUGUUCCCAGCUAGUGCGAGCAAGCAAGGAUCUGGCACAGACUUCCUAUUUCAUGGCUACCAACAGCCUACACCUCACAACUUUUUGCCUCCAAUACAAGCCCACUGUGAUCGCCUGCGUAUGCAUUCAUCUGGCAUGUAAGUGGUCCAAUUGGGAGAUUCCAGUUUCCACUGAUGGGAAACACUGGUGGGAGUAUGUGGAUAACACCGUCACUCUGGAACUGCUUGAUGAGCUGACCCAUGAAUUUCUGCAAAUUCUGGAGAAGACACCGAGUCGGUUAAAGAGGAUACGCAACUGGCGGGCAACACAAGCUGCCAAAAAGCCCAAAACAGAGAGUAGCCACUUGGCUGAUAACUCGUUUGCUGGGCCCUCCAUGCUCCAGGACCACUCCCAGGGUGAAUCAUCACUUCCAGGAGUCAUCUCCUCUAAUCCAGGUUUUUCCAAAGUUGGCACUAGCUUUACUGCGGCCAUGCCUGGUCAGUCUGUUGACGCAGCCCUGUCUCUGGACACAAUGACUACCACAUAUAAUCCAGCCAGUCACAGCGAAUGGCCCCAGGCCAACCAGAGCCAAGCAGGACACCCCCCCACAUGUAUAAAACAGGAACACUUCAGCAUCCCCCCCCAGGAGCCACUGUCCCUGCAGACGUCCACGUCGUCUUUACUUCCACAUGCUGCAGUAUACAGAACUGAUAAACCAAUUUCAUCUGUUAAACAGGAACAAAAGGGAGCUGGUGGGAGCACAGGAGGGAAGCAUCAGGCCCCACCACUGCCCCCCUUCCCUCCAGCACCUCAGCCUCUGACAUUUCAGCCCUCCCCAGCACAAAAACUGUCUUUAGACAAAUACAGGGAGAAGCAGGCUGCAGAGCUAUCCAUGUCUGGUCAGAAACGAAGACCGGAGCUGCACGGGGGAGAUUUAUUUGAUGCAAGUGGCGGGGGGUUAUUGUCUUCCUCAUCUUCUAACUAUGCAAUGUCAUCCACAACCCCACUAGACCACAGAAAACAUUCACAGCCUCAGCUAACAGUGCAACAUGGCCAUGGCAGUGGCAGCACCACUGCUUCCCCUGUGAAAAAGGCUCAGUCAUCCACCGAUCGUCGUCAUCACAGCGACAAGCGCGACAAAGGCUCCCUUAAAGUCCGCCUGGCUGUUCCUGGGUUGGGGGGUGGUUCCCUACUGGAGAAAGGUGCAAACAAAGAUGAGUUGAAAAUGAAGAUAAAGGUUUCUUCAUCAGAGCACCACAGCUCAUCAGAGGAAGGUGUGGCCAACAACAACACAAAGAGUAAACAUUCCAGCCCACUGAUCAGCAAAGAGAAACAGCACCGUGGACUUGCUGAGCACAAUUUUCAUCGGCACUACAAGCACAGUCACCCCCACAGCGGCAAUGGACGAGGAGGUUCGGACAGCGCCACUGGGUUGAUGCGAGGUCCUCCCGGUCUGGUCAGCAUUGAAGGAAUGAGUUUAGCUCCUUCCGGAGCCACCUCAUCACGCAAGAGGGUUCACCCAGAGGUCAGCCACAACCACCACCCUUCAUCCUCAGCCUCUUGCUCCAAAACGAGCAAAAUCUCUAAGGGUGUCGUUGGUGCUCCAGGUGGGCUGCGGACCUCUCAGCAGUACCCUCCUCCUCCUCCACCUCCUCCUCCACCACCUCCUCCUCCUCCUCCUCCUCCUAGUGAAUCACCACAUGAAGUGGGAGAGCAGAGACACUGAGUCGGCCACAUGUGGGCAAACGGCUACAGACUACCCACAGUCUGAGACUGAAGACUAUGCUCACCUCCCUGUUAAGUGCCCAAGAAAAAAAGGACUCCUUAUGUGUUGAUAAACCCUUUACUAAAAGGCAGAAAGGCAUAUCUGCAACAGAGUACGUUGGACUUUGAAGAUGAAACUCGAUGCUUCCUUACUGUCAGAUGUUGGAGCUGUGAUGCUCAGCCCGGUCUUUCUGUUAGUGUCGAGUUGCUCUUUGGUUCUUCCCCAGAUCAGUCUAGGAGUGUGUAAAGCUUAUUGGGAGAGGGCUAAUUUCCAUUAGGUUGGGUGGUCCAUCCCAGCAUUUCACAUUUUCAUACCGGAAAGAAUAGUAUUACAGUUCUAUAAAGACAGAUGAUGCACUUUCUGUAUUUUUCUUUCCUGUGUUUGAAACUACUAAUUUAAUUGAGUUGCAUUUCUGCAGAGGGCAGAAAAAAUCACUUGGAGAUGUGUAUAACUUAUAUUUGCUGGCAUUCAGUUUGUUGAUGGAUGCAUUUUUUUUUUUUUUUUGGUGUAAACUUUUAUCUCCUUGAUUCCUUUCUCAUCUCCAUUUCUUUUUAUACUCUACUACUGUGCGUUAAUUUGCAUGUUUCAAUCAUCAAAGGGAUUUAAAAGGAGAACUCCCUGUUUACAGAAAGUGGAGAUAAAUGUACAUACGUUUUUGUAUGUUUAAAGAAAAACCCAUGACUUCUCAGGUUUGGAGCUGCUUGUAAGUAUAACAAAGUAAUACCUAUAAAAUCCUCUUAUUUUGUCGAUGAACA